GUUUAGAGCUUGAGUGUGAGACAACAGUCGCCAUGCCGCGGGUGUAUAUCGGAAGGCUCGGCUACCACGUACGGGAGAAGGAUAUCCAGCGGUUCUUCGGGGGCUAUGGGAAGCUACUAGAGGUUGACUUAAAGAACGGGUAUGGCUUUGUGGAGUUUGAGGACUCGAGGGAUGCUGAUGACGCAGUGUACGAGCUAAAUGGCAAAGAUCUAUGUGGCGAGCGUGUGAUUGUAGAGCAUGCCCGGGGUCCACGGCGAGACCGGGAUGGAUACGGCUAUGGAAGUCGCAGUGGAUACAGGAACCAGAGAUCUGGCAGGGACAAGUAUGGUCCCCCUGUGCGCACAGAAUUCAGACUUAUCGUGGAAAACCUCUCCAGCAGAUGCAGCUGGCAAGAUCUCAAGGAUUUCAUGAGGCAGGCAGGCGAGGUGACAUACGCUGAUGCACAUAAGGAGCGGGCCAAUGAGGGGGUUAUUGAGUUCAGGUCUUACUCUGAUAUGAAGAGAGCUAUGGAAAAGUUGGAUGGCACGGAGAUAAAUGGGCGCAGAAUCCGGCUGGUGGAAGGAAAAGCUCGUCACAGGAGGUCUUAUUCUGGCAGCCGCUCCAGAUCACGCUCUCGUAGCAGGCGAAGAUCACGCAGUAGGAGUAGGCAGCCCAGCCACAGCAGAUCCAGGAGUCGAUCUCACUCACCUGCCAAAAAAGGCCGCUCCCCUGCUAAAAAAAGCAGGUCUCAUUCCCCUACAAAGAGCAGCCAUUCACAGUCCCCUGGAAAGAGCCAGUCACGGUCUAGAUCAAGAUCUAGAAGUAAAGAACGGGCAAGCAAGCCAAAAUCUGAGCAUGGUUCACGAUCACGAAGCACAUCCCGAGGAAAACAGGAGAGGUCUCGUAGUCGCUCCAAAGGCCUGGUUGAAAGGUCCCGCAGUAGAUCAAAAGAAAAUGAAGAAAGGUCUCGCAGUCGAUCAAAAGGCAUGGAUGAAAGGUCUCGUAGUCGGUCAAAAACUCAGGAUGAAAGAUCACGCAGUCGGUCCAAAGCCAAGGAUGACCGGUCUCGCAGUCGGUCCAAAGCCAAGGAUGACCGGUCUCGCAGUCGGUCCAAAGCCAAGGAUGACCGGUCUCGCAGUCGAUCCAAAGCUAAGGAUGACCGGUCUCGCAGUCGGUCCAAAGGAAAGGAUGAACGGUCUCGCAGUCGGUCCAAAGCUAAGGAUGAAAGUUCUUGCAGUCGGUCCAAAGACAACAGGGAAAGAUCACUUAGUCCAUCAAAGAGCAAGCAUGACAGAUCUCGUAGCCAAGGCAAGCAUGAGAGGUCUGGCAGCCGAUCAAAAAGCAAGCGUGAUAGAUCUGGUAGCCGGUCAAAGAGCAAGCAAGAAAGGUCUAGCAGUUGGUCAAAGAGCAAGGGGGAAAGGUCUAGCAGCCGGUCAAAAUCCAAGCAGGAAAGAUCACGUAGUAGGUCAAGGAGCAAACGAGAGAGAUCCCGCAGCCGUUCCAGAGGCAAAAGAGAGAGAUCCCGUAGUCAUUCCAGAGGCAGAAGGGAUAGUUCCGAAGGUCGCUCGAGUGCUAAAAGGGCAAGGUCUGCGCAUAGUCGCUCCAGAUCCCGUUCUCCACAGGAAAAUGGAAAGGGAGGUGCAAGAUCUCGCUCCCCGUCUCCCCUUCCAGUCUCUAGGAGCAAGGAGCGAUCUCUCAGCCCUCUUCCUCGGGCUGCUUCAGCUUCCAGCUCUAGGUCUCGCUCUAGCUCACAAGAAUAGGAUACUGGCAUGCAAUGUCGGUAGAUAUGUCAAAGCCCAGUGCUAGAACUGUGGACCAACUAACACCUUGAUGUAUAAAUGCAGUUCAUUGUGCUUCAGUUAAACCUGUUCCUUUCAGUCAGGGAUGGCUACACGCUAAUUUUCAUUGCAUUGUUGAAUCCUUUGCCUGAACAGGUCAAGCUGUUUUUUAAGGUAUUGAUUGUUGUGCUUUUGGGGGGGGGGGGGUUGUUUUCCCUUUUUGUUUUUUUACUCCCACCUGAUGCCCCCUCUGGUACUAAGGAGGUGAAAGCAUUUUAUCCUAACACGACCUUUAUAGAAUAGGGCUUAGAGCUAAUGACUGCCAUUUAGGAUAGAAUGAUACCCUGUUCUGAAGGUCACCCAGAAUAAUGCAAUGCUGGGAUUAACCCUUCGGGCUGCUAAACGUGGUGCAUUCUGUACACGAAAUUAAGAUGCUAGUGAUGAAAUACCUGCUUAUUUGCAAACUUGUUUGGCCCAUAGGCCUUAACUUCAAAUCCCAACUAGAGGACCCAGUCUGAGUUUUGAGGGCACCUUUUGUAGUUGCUUAUCUUGCCAUUCAGAGGGUUAAUACAUUUCCUAUUAAGUUAUAGCUGCUGACUUUGUAAAUAAAGUGAAGGUUUGUAUUUCUUAAGCAGGGCUUUUUUUUUUUUGUAGUUAAAAAAUGGAACUACGUACUGAGCAGAGCAAAUAAAACUGCUUUUCCAAGCAUUCUGGUUUGUCAAGAAUUCUAUUUUGUUAUGGCCACACCAAGGCCAAAGUCUCUGACCACCUGUCCAGCAGUGCAGUCACCUAAAUCUUAGCCCACCUGUCAACAACCAAAGCAGCCCUAACCAGGCUAGGGGUCUGUUUUAUUGGUAGGCCAGCAGUACCACACACAUGCCAAACCCAUUGAUGUUUUUUUGUGGGGGGGGUUUUUUUUAGCUGAGCUUUUUUUUUUAAUGGGGGUUAAAUUUGUUAUUGGAGCUCACAAUUGGAAUUACAUACAUGUGGCCAGCGUAAAGAUGUGCUACAGAUACUUGAGGGAAACUAGCGAGGCACAGGCAAUAUUUGACAUUGCAGCGUUCCCACGAUAGCUCGAUUGAUAGGCCAUAUAGUAAGUUUGUGCUGUCCAAAAUUAGCUUAGUGCGCAAAAUGCAUCCUGUUUUUGGCAAUUGUGUAUUAAAAUGAUGGCCUCUGAGAAAUUUGUGGAGCCAUUGAGCAGUGUGGGGAACCACCAAUUUUUUUUUUUUAAUAUAAGUGUGCUACAGAUCAGGUUAAUAUGUCUAGUACCUGUAUAUUGUUUUGUUUAGGUGCAUUAAUAAAAGUUGUAAAUGAAA